AACAAACAGCUUCCGUGGUUAAAGUUCAAGAACAUGGCGGCCUUGGUGAAGAUGCUCAAUGUUAUUUAGCCAUGCUGGAAUCUGUUACUAUAUGAUAUUAUGGUAUAUUCCUUCAUUCCUUUAGGUUUUGACUGUAUGUUCUGCGUAGACGCUUAACUUUAAAUCACCUUAAACAUGUUGCGGGCUUUAUCGAGGUGUCAUGCUCCUGCAGUCCGUCUUCUCUCUCCUCGUACUGCUGUUAUGGUCGAAACUGUCAGGGGAAGAAAAUCACGCACAGACCCCAAAGCGAAGUCAAAAGUGGGACGGGUAAAGACUCCCCCUCCCGUGGAUCCAGUAGAAAUGAUUGUGCUAAAGGAGCGUUUCACGGAGUACAACCUGAUUUUAAGAGCUCUGCGACUUGAGUUCAAGGAGCAGAUGUUGAGGAAGAAAUAUGAAGAAGAGGUUGGUUCCGUGGCAGAGGAGAGAGCUAAAAGGGAGGCCGAAGAGCAUCGGUCACUGAUGGCCUUGAAUGAUGCUGAAAACCUCAGAAUGCGUAAAAUAAGAGAGCAGCGCAUGCUGAAGGAGGCUGAGGCUGCGGAACUGAAAAAGAGAGAAGCAGCCAUCUUACGCCAGCAAGAGUUGGAGGACUACAUUAAAGAAAAAGAAAGACAAAUUCUUCAACUACAGGAAGAGGCAAAGGACUUCAUCACACCGGACAAUCUAGAUCAGCGGAUUGAAGAGGCUCUCGACAACCCGAAAAACUACAACUUCGCUAUUGAUAAAGAAGGACGUGUUGUCAAACGGACUGCAUUUCAGUGAUAAAUACACGAUUUCAAAAACUAAUAUGACUGCAAUGUACAUAAAAUAUAUACUGUCAGUGUCAUCGUUUAAACUGUGUGAACAAAAAAAGUGUUUUUCUCAAAAUGGAUCCAUGUGAGUGCUGUUUCUCAUUGGAAGCAGUGAGUGAUGUCUUUGUGUAUGUGUUGUGUUUCAUAUAUACCAAAGUAACUAGUUAAAAUGGUUCAUACAACAAAUGUACCAAAUAAUGUCCAGUUUGACAUCUAAAAAUGCCAAAAAAUUUACAGUAAGGAAUAUGGUGGGCGCUGAAUUAAUUAUAAUUACCUUAAAUGUGGAACAAUGGAAGUAUUAUAAAAUGUAACAGUAACACUUAAAUGUUAUACAUGUUAGCAAGAGAUUGUGAAUGUGCUUCAUUCAGAUGUGAUCAUCCCUGUGCCUUCCACAAUAAGAGAAAGCAUGAAGGCUGUAGGGCUCAAAAAUAAUUGAAUAUUCAGAAUGGAGCUGGAGCUAAGUAAUUACAGAAGCAGGGUGGAGAAAUCUGUCACUCCAUUCCACUAAUACACAAUUCCAAUCCAGUUUUUGGUUGGUUUAUGAAGUUAAAUAUUCACAAUCUGCUUAAAUUAAAGGCAUGCAACA